AUGACUUUCGACGAGUUCGAGACCCUGUUUCUCGACAAGUACUUCCCCACCCCUCUUCGUUUGGUCAAGGAACAAGAGUUUCUAAAUCUGAAACAAGGAACGAUGACCGUUACCCAAUACACGACCAAGUUCGAGGAACUGUCCCGCUACGCUCUAGCAACCAUAGCAACGGAGGACAAGAAAGCAAGAAGGUUUGAAUGGGGGCUGACAACUGCUAGAAGGGCUGUGGUGUCUCAAGCCUUUCCCACUUAUGCCGGUGCCGUGAAGUGUGCUCUUCGGCUGGAGAGUGAGGAAAUUGACUUCAAAACCCGAUGGAGAAAGGCAACAGGCAACAUCGACAGACCAAUCCGAACUCAACCUUCCAAUAAUAACCGCGGACCCUACCCUACCAAACCCUUCACCCCGUCUCAAAACAAUCAACCAUGGAAGACCGCUGCACUAGGGCAUGGUGAACCACCAAGAGUCGGUCAAAACAAAGCGUCAGUACAAUGUUUCAAUUGUUAG